AUGCGCAGGUUUGACCUUCUUGUUUGCAUCGGGGGCGUGAUUUGGGGCCCUGCCUUGGUCUCUUCACUUGACAACCAACACAACGGACUCGACGUCAACAACCUUCUUGACUGUUACCGCGAUCAGGAGUGCAAAGACCUUCACCAACAACAUUGCAAGCCAGGUUAUACCUAUGUUGGUUGGACCAAAGAUAAUUGCGACGGGGGUAGCUUUGGGAAAAGAAUUUGUUGCAAUAGUGAUACUGUUGAGCGGUUCGGAGUUGACGCUCAGGGUAACAAGAAGAAAUGCAUAUGGCGCGGUGCCGGUCGAAAUUGCAACGGCGCUGGUUCUGAAGGCGAGGUUGUCUUAUUCAAGUCCGGUAACGGCGGAGGUCCAACCGAGUCCGACCAAAGCCAAUGUUCUACAGGCUAUAAGUAUUUCACUUGUCCAUUACCGGAGUGGGACGGGCUUACGUCUGGAUGUCGAUGGACAGGCUGGUAUGUUAUGGUUCUCAUGCUCACUGCUGAUAUCUAA